GCCCCAGCGGCGGGGCCCUUCGCACCUCGUGCUGCCCCCCCCGCAACCCGAGCCUGGCCAGGAACCUGCCUUGCACUCCCCGGUACGGCUCCAGGACCCCCCCGUGAGCCCCCUCUGCGCCCCACGGUGCUCCCCGGUACACCCACGGCACCCCCGUGAGCCCCCGCUGCACCCCACGGUGCUCCCCGGUACACCCACGGCACCCCCGUGAGCCCCCGCUGCACCCUGUGGUGCCCCCGGUACAUGCCCAGCACCCCCGUGAGCCCCCGCUGCACCCCACGGUGCUCCCCAAUACACCCACAGCACCCCCGUGAGCCCCCGCUGCACCCCACGGUGCUCCCCAAUACACCCACAGCACCCCCCACCCCCGUGAGCCCCCGCUGCACCCCACGGUGCUCCCCGGUACACCCACAGCACCCCCGUGAGCCCCCUCCGUGCCCCAUGGUACCCCCAGUAUGCUCCCAGGGAGCCCUUUUGCAUCUCCUUCUACACCCCUCGGCGAGGCCCCUUUACACCUCCCUGGGUGCCCCCAGGACCCCCCCGGUGAGUCCCCUCCGCACCCUGCGGUGCGCACCCUAGGGCCCCCCGCUGAGUCCCCUGCUCUGCCCCCCCCCCGGAGCCCUCCGAUGUGCCCCCAGUGCAACGCCCUGGUGAGGCCCCUGGGGUCCCUUGGUGCAUCCCCUUCCCCCCUAGGCAUCUCCCAGUACACCCCAAACGUGACCCCGAUAACCACCCGCGCCCUCCUCAGUGCCGCCCCGGUGCACCCAGUGUACCCCCACUGCACCCAACGCCUCCGUGCACCACCCACAGCCUUUGCACCCCUCGGCGUGGGGGCUGCUGGCGCAGGCUGGGGACGUGCCGGUUGGUGCCAGCAGCACCGAGGACCCUGCAAAUGGCAGGAGCGGGGGGGGGGGACGACGCCCUCCUGUGCCCCCCCAGCACCCCACAGCCGGCACCCACGCUGGCCGGAUCCGGACUUGGCGGUGCAGGCGGGCUGAGCCGGGCCGGCGGCGGUCGCGCUGCAAGCCGGAGCCUGAGCCUGGGCAAGAUGAUUCGUAUCCCCGGUGGUGCCGGUGCCCGCGGCCCCCGCACCGGGCACGAGCCCGUGGGCGUCGUGGUGAGGCCGGACCCCCAAACCCUGCCCGCGGUGGCACCGGACCCCCAAACCCUGCCUAUGGCCGGCGCGGGUGGCCCCGCGGCGAUGAAUGAACGGGGCUGAGAGUCGAGGCUCGCUCUGAGCCGGCCCCGGAAAGCUGCCCGCGGGCCAAGGCUGUGCCGAAAUUAUUCCGGCCACGUGCCAAUGGCCGGAUCCUGCCAGGAGAGCCGUCGGCACGCGUGGGCGCGAGGCUGCCCUACCUCCGGGCGCGUCGUCCACCCCCCCGCCGUGUUGGGGGGCUCAGGGGUGCCCGGGGAGGUGCCGAGGCUCCCUGCCGGGGCGGGGGGAAAUGGAAACCAGUUUCUUCCAAUCUCUUAUCGCCCGGCAGCCAUGUGAGGAAAUGAGUUAUAAAGUCCAGAGGCCGCUUCCUACUGCGCCGGGAGCACCCGCCACCGCUGCCGGGGAUGCGCUGCCCAGCCCUGCGUGGUGGGGUGCACGUGGGGUGCCCCGGUCCCUCUGCCCGGGCUCCCCUUGGCCAAAUCCCGCUCCGAUGGCUGGAGAAUGCCGGCCGGCCCCAGCCCUCCCCUCACUGGCGUGGGGCUGAGCGUUGGGGGUCUCGGCGUCAGCCCGUACCCCGGUGCAGGGACGGAGGUGCCGGGAGCUCCCCUGGGGCUCCAGAAUCCCUCCCAGGGUUGGGGGUGUCCCCGUGCCAGCGCUCCCCGAGCUGCUGCAACGCCCACCCGCAUCCCACCGCAUCCCGGCUGCCCCCUGCAGCGGGAAAGGGUGCCGUCCCCGGGGGUACCCCAGAUCCGCCGGGUUGGGGGGCCGCGGGCAGCCUCGCCGGCCGGCUUCCCCCCGGCUCGGAGCGUCCUGUUCCCGGCAGCGCCCCGUGGGCAGCGGGCGCGAAGGCACAGAUGCCGCCGCGUCGGCUGCCAAGGCGCUGCCAUCUGUGUGUGCCGGGCUGCCAGGCUGGGGGGGGGGGGGGGGGGGGGCACUGCUCCCCCCAACCACCCCACCUCGGCCUCAGGGCACUGCAGCACCGCAGGGCUGGGUGCCCCCCAAAAUGGCAUCCUCAGGGCUCUCUGGGGGGGGGGGCGCUUGGGGAGGGGUCCGGGACCCCGCGGAGGGGAAGGAAGCGCGGGAGGCCCGGCCGCCCACCCGCCUGCCUUCCUCUGUGGGGUCGCGGGGCCACCGUCACCCCCCCUCGGGGCCAUCGUGGCCGGCCGGUGCUGCCACCCCCCUAGACCCUGUGUCCCCCAGGCUGGGGGGCUCCCCCCCCCCCUUCCCGUGGGGCCGUGCUGUGUUUGUGUAGGCCCUACAGAAACAAGGGGUGGCGUGGCUGGGCAGAGGCUGGCCGGACUCCCCCGCGGCACCCGGCCGAGGGACCACCCAGGGACGGUUCGGCGUUGUCACCCCGUGCCUGGCCGGGUGUCACGGGAGGGGGCUGUGACCCAGCGGGUUGGGGGGGGGGGGGAUCCCCAAAUCCUGCCUUCGGUGCUGCCGCCGGCAUCUGCGGUCCCACAGCCACCCCGACCCAGGCCAACCCCAGGACCCAUUUUUGGGGUGCGGGUGUAGGGAGGUGCCGCCCGACCGGGAGCGGGGCCCCAGCGGGUGCCGGGGCUGGUGCCAGCGCGGGGCCGGCGCGGCCGCUCAAACGGUCCUUUGUUCCCGACGGGGACACAAAGGGCUCCAGUCCGGCCUGGCC